AUGCAGGACGAUGCGGCGCGUGAGGAGCAGCACCGGCUAGACGAGGCGAUCCUAGCGACGCAGAGGAAACUUGCGGCGCUUCCGUCGCUCCCUGACGCGAGCGAGCACGCGGUGCUCGACCAGCAGCUGCACGCGAGCAUUGCGCAGCACAGAGAGCUGCUCGUUGCGCUGCGCAAUGACUUGGAAAUGGAGCAGCGAAAGGUGCAAGAUGAGCAGCUGCUCCUGCGCGAGCUCCGUGCCGUGGCCGACGCGCUGGUCGCACGUACCUCGACGACGCCUCCCCCCACAGUGUCAGAAAAACAGCUGAUGAGUGCGCUGGUCGCGAUAACAAACCGGGCCUUCCCCGACAACGAUCAGUGUAUCCAGCUACGAUUUUUGCUCGAGACGAUGCUCAAUGCACUGUGGGAGCAGCCGGCACACCCCUAUGUGCCGACCCAAAACUACGACCCCGACGUUGUGCGGUAUGUGAAGGAGGCGGGCAUUGUCGAUCCCCAUCCGGAUGACGCCGAGUGCCUGCGCCUCAUCGCCUUUCACGAGGCGCUGCCCGACGCGCACGCGGUGCGGCCUGCGGUCUAUCGCUAA